AUGAAGAAGAGUGCUGAUGCUGAGUAUGAUUUCUUGGAUUUCUGGGAAGCGAAUCAAAAGUUCUUUGCUAUGAAUCAAGGAACAACCAAAAACUUGAUGCAUUUCAAGGAACAAUUCUUGAGACAGGCUGAAGUCCUGCAAGAUCUAUAUGGCGUGGCCUGGUUCCGAGAUUUUGCCAUCAAGACAAAAGCGUAUACUGCUACUGCUAGCACCAAUACUGCUGCUCAAAACAAGUUCAAGGAUGAUAUCUUUGAAGCCGUUCUUGCAACAGGAUAUCUGUGCAACUGCGAUCAAACAAGAACAGCUCCUCUGAUGCUGGAUCUUCAGACAAACUAUUUCAGAGAAGUGGAUUAUUAUCCAAAGACGGUCAGCAAAGCACAGGAUAUGUUGAAAAUUCACAUGAAAGUGAUUAAAAUUCCGGGAGUGAACCUCUACCUGUUGGAUAUAUUAGGAUUUUCGGAGUACAUAUUUGGAGAAACAAGAAAAAGAGAAUACAUGUGA